AUGUAUCUAUCCUAUCUUUUUCUAUCACCAUUCUUACUCGUUUGUUGUACAAUAUUGUCAGUACAUGCAGUAAAUUUGGACGAAAAAUGCGAUAAAUCAGUAUUAUGUACAGUACCACAUUCAAUAUGUUCAAAUUCAACAUGUGUCUGUGAUACUCCAUAUUAUUUACCAUGUAAUAUAAAUGAAUGUAAACUAAAUGCAAUAAAAUUUCGUUAUGCCGGUGAAGAAUGUCGUGUCAAUGAAAAUUGCCUUGAAUUUAGUAAAUGUGUAAAUAAAAUAUGUGUGUGUGAUGCAAAUUAUUCAAAUCAAGAGCGAGGUCUUUGCCGAAAAAGCUUUAACAUAGCAUGUGCAAAACAUGAGGAAUGUUUAUCCGGUUAUUGUUCGACGACGUGUAAAUGUGCUCCCGGUUAUGUAAUAGAUGGCAAUAAAUGCAAAUUACGUGUUCUUGAUAUUUAUUCAAAUUUCGAAGAUGCUAAAAAAGCAAAUAGUUUAUGUGAAGCUGAUGAACAAUGUCAACCAUUAAAUUCAAAUUGUUCACCUGAAUCAAAUACAACUGAUCGUUUUUGUAAAUGUAUCACUGGUUAUAAUGCUGAUUAUAAAAAACAACAAUGUGAUCCAACACGAUCCGAACAAUUAUCACCAUUAUAUAGCUCAGAAAUAUUUGAGGGUGAAUGUGUUGCAUGUAAAGAUCCAAAUGCAAUUUGUACGCGUGUUGGAAACGGCAUACCGAAAAUAAUGAUAUUUACAGAAAAAGCUUCAUAG